AUGUUUUUGCAAGAGUUUGGAAAGUCAAGAUCGCACCAAAAUGCUGUGAAAGUUAUAAAUGAUGAUGGCAAUAAUAAUGAUAGUUUUGUAUUGAAGAUAAUGAAUCUAGGUGGGCUAUCAGAGAAAAUUGAUGACAAAAAAUGUAGCAGUGGAGUGGCAGCUAUACAGCAAAGCAAUUCAACAACAUUGCUACCACCAGUUUCACCAUCGUACGCUACUCCUAUACGAACUUCGAAACGUAAUCUCAUCAACAUAGCUAAUGCAGUGUUAUCUCCACCACUUUCAUCCUUUCCUACCAUGCAAAUACUUCGAAAAAAUUGCCAUUCUGAAAGUGCAAGUUUUGAUGGAUCUAAAAUGGAUACUGUUGACCAUGAAAUUGAAGUAGAAAUUAGUGAACACUCAAAUAUUUUACAACCGAUAAUGAAUCCUGAUAUAUUCACAAAGCUUUUGGAAACGCCAAGAAAAUUUAAACGGUUUGAAAUUUUUGAACAAGAUCAGGAGAAUGCUUGGAAUUGUAACAGAAAAAUACCGAACAGCCCAUCUUAUCCGAAUUAUGACAAGAAUCCAUAUGUUAUGUUUCCGGAUGAGAAUAUGCAUGACAAAGCAUUAGUUGAAAAAGACAUGGAUACGUUACAGCUAGAAAAGCCACAAAUAUUGGAUAGCGGUAUAUUGCAAGAUAUUCUAGACCUAGUGAAUACCACUCCUAGCACUUCAUCAAAUAGCGUAAUACCUGAUGAUCCAAAUGAUAAUGAUUUCUCUUCGUUUACAUCGUCCUUCCUUUCGGGAAACAGUGAUAUGUUAACUUCUGAAAAAAUUGAAGAAAAACGGAAUGAAAGUUCUUUCGAAGCACUCUUAUCAGACCAUCUUAACUCCUCAACGUUUCAUAAAGAGGAAAUUCUUGAAGAAACUGAUCCCACCUUACUCAACAUUCCACGUUUUCACUAUCCUUAUGGUAUUCCACUUGGCGGAAAAGAAAAUUGCAACGAUCUAAAUGCUGUUAAAGAACUAUUUCGUAAAUAUAAUGAUCAGAUUGAAAUGUCGCAUAUGAAGGAAAUUUGUUUAGCAUCCGGUUUGUGCCCACUCUGGAAACAACCACUUUACAAUUGUAUUUCUACUUCAAUGUCAAAUUUUAUUAAUUUUAAUGGAUUUACAAAUUGGUGGAAAAAAUUUGAAGAAAACGCUCACGAUGAGGCUUCACGUUUUGUUUACAUUUUAACGAACGGAAGCCGGAAUUACCUUACUGCGGAUGAUUUUAAACCACUUAUUCAGGACUUGAUUGAGACACUACCUUCACUAAGCUUAUUGAAAGAAGCAGAAGCCUUCCAUCACGCAUAUAUCAAAACAGUGACAGCGCGCAUUUUCUGGUCUGCGUGUCAUUCUUGGAAAAAACAUAUUUCAAUAGCAGAAUUGAGGUUAUCAAAUCUAUUAAAGGCAAUUGCGAUGUUGGAAAAAGCAGAAAUCAAUGAAGAACAUGAAUUUUUUAGUUACGAACAUUUUUACGUUAUUUACUGUAACUUUUAUUUGUUGGAUAAAGAUGAAAAGAAUUACUUAACACCGUUUGAUCUUUCUCUUUACUCAAACUGUGCAUUAACAAAUUUGGUAGUGCAACGUAUUUUUUCUGGAGCUGUAUUGUCGAAUAGUUCAAUGAAGCAAACUAUAGAUUACAUUGCAUUUGUCAAUUUCUUAUUAGCAGAAGUUGACAAAUGUCAUCCGAAAAGCAUCGAAUACUGGUUCCGAAUAAUGGAUUUAAAUGGAGACGGUCGCAUUUCAUUUGAUGAAAUGGAGCGAUUUUAUAACGAAAUAGUGGUAAAUGUUAUCCGUAUGGAUAUGGAUGUACUAGUAUUCAAUGAUUUAGUAAAUAUGUUAAAAGAUAUGAUAUCACCACAUUCAUCAACAUAUUUUACAUUAUCCGAUUUUAAACGAUCUCCUUCACUAGCACGUUAUUUCUUCAACACUUUUAUCAAUUGGAUAAAACACAUUGCACAAGAAAGCUGCCUACUCGUUAAAAGAAAUGAAGUAGACUCACAAUUCAGCGACUGGAAUCACUUCUGUAAAUCGGAAUACGAAAUCUUACUAGCAGAUUUAUUGGAUAGUGACGAGAAAGAUUGGUUAAUAGAAUUUUGA